UAUGACCCGUUUUGGACGAGUGCGUGGUGGUGUACCUGGACGAUAUCCUCAUCUACUCGCACGACAUGAAGGAGCACGUUGAAUACCUGCGACGCGUCUUCAAAAUUCUUCGACGAGAACGAUUCUACGUCAAACUGUCCAAGAGCGAAUUCGCCCUUGAGAUGGAAGCCGUGGAGCAGCUGAAAAAAGCACUCACGUCCGCACCAGUACUCAUCUUGCUAGAUCCCGAGCGCGACUACGUAAUCGAAGCUGACGCCAGCGAACAGGCAUUAGGAGCAGUCUUAAUGCAAGAUCAGGGGAAUGGACUGCAACCAAUCGCCGACCUGAAUAAGAAACUGCACGGGGCAGAAAUCAACUACCCGAUACACGACAAAGAAGCCCUUGCCAUCGUUAUCACCUUCAAACCAUGGAGAUGUUAUCUCGAAGGACGAAGAACAACCGUCUACACCGACCACUGCAGUUUGAAAUACUUGAAGACACAACCCAACCUUUCCAGACGGCAGGUCCGGUGGAUCGACUUCCUCGAGACACACUUCCACUACGACAUCGUGUACAAGCCCGGCCACAAAAACAAAGCAGAUGCUCUCAGCGGGCCUGCACACGUUGCCGCUAUUCAGAUCGAAGGGAUGAGUCCACUACUCAAGGGACUCUUCACACACGGGUACGCCAUCGACCCCGAAAUUCCCUUGGCAGAGAAACGACAUCUGCUACAGUGGGACAGUGACAUCGCAUACCGGAAAGGAUCAACAAAAAUCUGGGUACCCAAUUACCCUCCUUUGCGCCAGUUACUACUCGAAGAAUACGACAACGUCCUAUACGCCGGACACUUCGGUAGCAACAAGACGCUGACCGGUAUCGCAAAACACUACUACUGGCCCCACUUGGCAGAGGAUGUUCAGAAGUUUGUCACAUCGUGUGAUACAUGUCAGCGGAUGAAGAGCAGCAAGCAGAAAAAGGCGGGACUACUACAGCCUCUUCCUGUCCCAGAACAGCCAUGGCAAGUGGUUAGCCUGGACUUCAUCACCGGGUUACCACCUACCACCAGCGGUCAUGACGCAAUCCUUGUUGUCAUCGACAAGUUCUCCAAAAUGGGACACUACAUCCCAACACACACGACAGCACGCACCGAGGAGACAGCACAACUAUUCAUUCGUUACAUCAUCUCACAGCAUGGCAUCCCAACCACACUCAUCUCCGACCGAGACCCCAAGUUCACCAGCAAGUUCUGGAAGGAACUUAUGUCUCUACUCGGGACCAAACUCGCCAUGUCAUCCGCUUACCAUCCGCAGACAGACGGACAGACCGAGCGCCUCAACCUGAUUGUUGAGCAACUCCUCCGAGCAGCCUCCGACGCGUCGACAUAGCCGAGUAGUUGUACGGAUGA